AAUUGAUGCAGCCUCCGGAUCUGCUUUGUUUCGCCCACCCUAUAAAACCACACAAUAUGUAUCUCCAGUUCUCCACACAACACACACGCGCACACAAACAAAGCACAGCAGGUGCAACACUGGCUGCAAUCACAAGAAGCAAGCAGCAAUGGCGGGGCAUCGCUUUCUCGCCGUGCUCCUCAUCGGGGUAGUAGCAGCCUCCACUUUCCACCAAGCACCCGCUGCUGGCCGAGGCCUUGCUGCCGUCAAGAAGUUUGCAGAGUCGGAGCCAAAGCUAGAACCCAAACCAGAGCCAAUGCCGAAACCUAUGCCACACUCAGAGCCGGAGCCCUGCAAACCUGAACCGAUGCCCAAACCCAAACCAAAGCCUAGAUCCAAGCCUGAGCCCAAACCCAAGCCCAUGCCGAUGCCAAAACCGAAACCAAAGCACAAGCCCGAGCCCUGCUCCAAACCAAAGCCAGGGCCUAAGCCCGAGCCGAUGCCGAAACCCGAACCAAAGCCGGAGUCCAAGCCUAAAUCUGAACCGAAAUCGAAGCCGCCUCCGAAGUGCAAACCACCGACAUCUCACAGUUGAUGGGAUACUGAUAUAUGACAGUUGAUGGAGGAGACCCCUUAUUGAGCCACACUGUGCUAUUUCUAGAAUAAGUGGUGUAGUAUUCCUUGUAUUCAUUUUAUUUCUAUAGUUCCAUGCACGUGUGAUGAGUAUUAAUUAGUACUUUGUAAUUCUUAUUUGCUUGGUAUAUGUUCAUCUACUUUUUAUGUGA